AUGGCCCGCCUGCUGGUGCUGCUGGGCUCCGCGGGCAGGGUGGGCGCCCGGGUCGGGCCUCGCGCCUCCUGGCUCCUGGGUGCCGCCGCCCCCUGCGCCCCGCAGCCCCUAUUCCUGCCGCUGCUCCGACUGGGGCCAGACGCUCGGCUGCUGUGCGCGGCCCGCGGCGGCCGCCAGGACCCCAGCAAAGCCACCGGGACAACAGGCAGCGACAUCAGCAAUACGGAGGAGAAAAAGCAGAGCAAGUCGCAGCAGCUGAAGAAGGUGUUUCAGGAAUACGGAGCCAUUGGUGUGUCGCUGCACAUUGCAAUCUCGCUGGUCUCCCUGGGCAUGUUUUACGUUAUCGUUUCGAGUGGCGUGGACAUGUCUGCCGUCCUGCUUAAGCUCGGAUUUAGAGAGUCCCUGGUGCAGUCGAAAGUGGCUGCGGGCACCAGCACCUUCGUGGUGGCCUACGCCAUCCACAAGCUGUUCGCGCCCGUGCGUAUCAGCAUCACCUUGGUUUCCCUGCCCUUGAUCGUCAGAUAUUUUCGGAAAGUGGGGUUUUUUAAACGUCCAGCUGCAAAGCCGUGAUGAACUCUUCAGUCGUGGGUCUGAAACCCCGUUUCGUUUAAGUUACACAGUUUGGAUUGGUUUUAGGGUUGUCGGGGGUUUUUUUGUUUGGUUGGUUGGUUUGGGGGGAGGGAGGGGCUACUUUCUAUGUUUUCAUGGAUACGUUUUACUUUUGCCAGCAAACAUCAGGUGUUUGGAUUAUUGUGAUUGUUUUUGCUUUCUAAAUUGUUAGUGCUGUUCAUCAUAGGGCUUGUCCACAUCGGCUAAAACGUCAGCAAAGCAUCACGAAUGAGUCAUCAUGGUGAACUGUUUGCGCCCGGGCCUCUGGAACUCUGGGAGGGUCUCGGUGCAGAGGCCCCCGGGGCCCCUUUGCUCAGGUUCAAGAGCAGUGUGCUGCAAGCUGGCCGGCGCCGCGGUUGACGAAGCCAAAUUCAAGACUAAACAGGCUGUGAUCAGGACCUAAGUUAGUGUUGGCACCUUCACAUUCUUCACACUCGUUUGGGAGAAAAACGAGUAUUUCUGGUGGGCUUCCUUGGUCCCCAAAUCCCUUCAAAUCUGGACACGCUGGGGUCGACCUCAGGGUGUUUUUCUCAUAUUUCAUGAAAGUAGGUCAAGGUCAUCUGUCUCUAAUUAGGUGAAAGGUGGAAACUUGUCCAAUAAUAAUGGCGUCCCUUUGGCUCCUGACGCCCAUGUCCACUGAGGAAGGUGGAAAACUAAGACAAUCUUUGCCUAACCAUCUCUAGGGCAAACCUCAGACAUUCCAGAACCGUCGUGUGUUUACACUGUGUUGCAAUAUUUUUCAAUUGAGUUAAAAUUAUGUACAGUGAAAAAAAGAUUUUUGAAUCACUCUCCAAAAAGGAAAGUUAGUAGCACUUGCUGUAAACAGAAGACAACUGUGAACUAACAGCGGGGGAGGGAAGGAAUUUCUUCUCUGUUGCCUGGCCCAGAGGAGACACUUUCUGAGGGGCUCAGCCCUACCCACGCUGAGCUGCGGCUCCACACUCUGGGAACCCCGAUUUAACUAGUUCUGCACCGCUGCCCUGGUCAAAGCAGGUAGUUGUAUUUAUUUUUCUGGCUCUUUUUUUUACAGUUUGUUUAAUUACACUUCAGACAAUCAGAAAACUAAAGGAACCGUAAUCUGACAGUCCUGAUUUUAUGAUCUGUUGACAAUUCCCUAGUUAGCUCUUAGUAACCCAGGGUCAAUCGCUUCAGUUUUACAAACAUCAUUAGGGGAAAAAUUCCCUACUUGCAAGAUCUCUAAAGUAGAUUGUUUUGGGUUUUUUUGGGUUGUCCCCCUCCCCCGCCUUCAAAGCAAUGAGCAAAGUGCCAAAAGGUUUACCUUCAAACUUCAAAGUUUGAAGUUGGCACUGCCUUUCCGGGAUCUAAGUUCAAGGGCGUCCACGCAGCUUAGCUGGAUACCAGUGUGAGGUCAUCCCUCACCUGGACCAGACCCACGUUUGCACCUCCUCCCAUCGUCAUGGAAACCCUUGGCUUCAUGGAAACCACUGGCUUCUGCUCCUGACCUCCUAUCCCAGGCUCCCUAGCUAACAGAUCCCUAGCAAUGCCUAUGCAAAAAAAGCUGACAGCGACCCCUACAGGUGUCAGGGCUGAAAUCUUCAUCUCGGACCCUGGAGUCAGGGGAGUGGGCUGAAAGACAAGCAAUAAAACGAAUUGCACAUCAAAUAGCCAUGGCGUCUCUUCUAAGCCGACUCCACGCCGCUCCUGAGGCCAGUGGUCCAAACAGAACCGCAGAACUGGAGAGGGUGAGGAAAUCAAAGGGUCGUUAAUGUCGGUUCACCAGCAGGAUGUACAAAGUGCUUGUUUUUACACUUUUUAUGCAACCAGGAAUAAAACGGAUGAUCUAUUUUAAAAACG